AUCUGCUUUAGCAACCACCAUCUAUCUAUCGCUUCUCUUCUUCAUUUCAUCUCAUCUCUAAAUUUCACGAAAUUCGCAACAAUGGCGUCAAAUGGAAACCCUAAACCCGCGCCUCUGGUGUGUUCGCAGGACAUGAACGAAGUCCAAAAGGUGUUCGAUCGCUUCGAUUCCAACCACGACGGCAAGAUCUCUCCUGAGGAGCUAUCCGGCGUCCUGGAGAAGCUUGGAUCCGGCGUCUCCCCCAAGGAGGUGUGCGAGAUCAUGGAGGACAUCGACACCAACAAGGACGGCUUCAUCAACAUCCAGGAGUUCGCCGGAUUCUGCAAGAGCCGCGACGGCGACAGCGCCGACAAGGAGCUCCGCGAGGCCUUCGAGCUCUACGAUCAGGAUCGGAACGGCUUGAUCUCCGCCGCCGAGCUCCACUUGAUCCUCACGCGCCUCGGAGAGAAAUGCUCCGUCGACGACUGCGCCGGGAUGAUCAAGUCCUUCGACACCGACGGCGACGGCAACGUCAGCUUUGAGGAGUUCCGGACGAUGAUGACCGCCAUGCCCUAACUCCCUCGCAGUCAGUCAAUGCUUGGCGGCGCAAGGAGUUUCGGUGUGCGCGUCUGUAGGGUAUCCUUUCUUCUAGCUUAAUGUUGGGCUUUUUAGGGUAAAUAAUGACUGUUUGCUGGGGUUAUUACUUAUUAGAUGAUGACGUGUCUAAUGUGGAAUAUACCAUACGGAAAUGUCGAAUGUGCAAUCGAAUCUCUAACAUUACUUUGUUGACUUUGGAUUUAUAA